AUGGCAGACGUUAUAGGCACACUUCUUCUGCCCAGUGUGUUUCUAUGUGUUUUACUGAUGCACCUCCAAGACACUGCUAAAAAACCCAACUUCAUCAUCAUAUUAGCGGAUGACAUAGGCUGGGGCGAUCUUGAUGCAAACUUAAAUCCUGAGGUUAGAAAGAACAACACUCCCAACCUAAACUGGAUGGCCCAGCAGGGACUCAGAUUCACAGACUUCCACUCUCCAGCCUCCACCUGCUCUCCGUCUCGUGCUGCGCUCCUGACCGGACGAUACGGCCUGAGAAACGGAGUGACCCACAACUUUGCCGUGAACUCUGUCGCCGGCCUGCCUUUGUCUGAGGUCACCUUUCCUCAACUCCUCCAAGCUGCCGGCUACCACACUGCUAUGAUCGGCAAGUGGCAUCUGGGCCAUAACAGACCGUACAGCCCCACCAACAGAGGGUUCAGUUAUUACCUGGGCGUGCCGUACUCUAACGACAUGGGCUGCACCGACUCACCUGGAUACGACCUGCCACACUGCCCUCCCUGUGACACACACAGCCGCCUGACCUUUGGACUCCACACCCGAGACGACCCAGUCCGCUGCCCUGGACCACAUCCACCACGCAAGGAACCAUCAACACCAAGGUUACCAUCACACCAAUGUACCAACAAACUGUAUGAUAGGGAUAGUGCGGAGCUUGUGUUGACCAGCUGCUUCCUGGUCACAUUACCACAGAGGGACACAGGGAUCACUGUGGAUAGUCCACAUAACAGCACGUCUUAA